AUGGCUAGCGCUAGCCUUCUAUCCCCCGGUCCAUCGGGCUCGGGCGGCGCGACGCCCACUCCCGCCGCAUCACGAAACAACCCCAUCUCCCUGCGCAUCUACAAGGCGAUCGGGACGAGCUUUGACGACCGCAGCAGCCGCGAGGCGCUCGAAAUUGCCUCCAGCUUCUAUUCUGCCAAGGGCAAGGGGCGGGCAGACGACGACGACAUCCUCCCCAUCCGCCGCACGCUUAAAGGCCAGUCGGCCGCGACCGCGCGCCGCAAUCUCAAGCGCGAUAUCGAGGCGCGCAUGGCUGGCGGGGCGCAGCGCUUCCUCACUGCCUUCGGCGAGGUGGACCAGAAGCUGGACGUGUUGCGCGAGCACAUGCUGGACAUGCAGAGUCGAUGCGACGCGGUACAGGCCGAGCUGGACCAGGCAAACUCGGGAACCAAGUACCUCUUAGAGAGGGCGGACGGGCUGAGAUCGCAGCGUGCGAGCGCACAACUACGCCUAUCUCUAGUCAAGCUGUUUCUUGCACGAUUUACCCUCACGCCGGCCGAAGAGGCAGCACUGACGGCGCGUGACCACGAAGUUGGCCCCGAGCUGUUCGCGGCGCUCGACCGUGUCGAGACUAUCCGCCGCGACUGUCAGGCGCUCCUCGGCGGCGACGAGAGCCGGAUGCAGGCCGGUCUGGACAUCAUGGCUAUCACGGGAACGCAGAUGGAGGCGGGGUACGCCAAGCUGCACCGCUGGCUCGAGUUUGCGUUCCGGCAGAUGACGCGCGAAGCACACCUCGAGGUGUCGCCCGCGAUGCGCGAAGCGGUGAAGCGGCUAACGACGCGGCCGGCGCAGCUCAAGGACGCGCUGAGUGUGCUCACGAGCACGCGGCAGAGCGCCAUUCUUACGGCGUUCUUGGACGCGCUGACGCGCGGCGGGCCGAACGGCCUGCCACGCCCGAUCGAGAUCCACGCGCACGACCCGACGCGCUACGUCGGCGACAUGUUGGCGUGGGUGCACCAGGCGACGGCGAGCGAGCAUGAGCUCCUCGAGAGCCUGUUUGGUGUGCGUGCCCAGCGCAUGGUUGGCGCCGAGCGCGACGCGGGCACUACGGACGCGGACAGGCGUGUGGCAGAGGCGCUGGAUCGCGACCUCGAGGGACUAGGGCGCCCGCUCAAGCUCCGCAUUGAGCAGACUAUCAAGAGUCAGGAGGGCAUAAUCAUGACAUACCGCAUCGUGAACCUCGUCCAGUUCUAUCUCGUGACCAUGCGCAAGACGAUCGCACCGGGGGCGCUGCUUGUCAAGACGCUACAGGAACUGUACGACUAUGCCAACGCGGCGUUCUUCGAGACGCUGCAGGCCCAGGGCCGCUCACUCCUCCGCUUCCUGCACCCACCAGACGCGACACUCUCCCCACCUCUCAGUCUGCGCGACGUGUGUCAGGUCCUGCGCGAGAUCAUCGCCGUGUACGACACGUCGCUCGUGGACGCCGCGGAGCGCGAGACGGAUUUCGCCAAGCUGCUGGAUGCGGCGGUAGACCCAGCCGUGGAGAUGUGCGAGCGCAUGGCCGACCUGCGGAAGGGAAGUGGGAGUAACGGGGCAUGGGACAAGGACGUGUUCCUCGUCAACUGUCUUGAGUAUCUCGAACACACGCUGGAGCCGUUCCCGUUCACCGCGCCGCGCGUCAAGGCGCUCCAAGCGCAGAUUGAGACGCACGUCGAGUCGAUGACCUUCGAACAUCACGGAAAACUGCUGGAGCAGUGCGGCCUCGCGCCCGUCAUGCGCGCCAUCCACAACCGGCCACCUGACGUGAGGACGCCGCUCUCCCGCCUCCCCGGCGCGACAUCGACCGAGCUCACGGCCGCCCUCACGAAGUUCUCGUCCUUCCUCACCUCGCACGACCCACUCACGUCGCCGCGCUUGGCGCUGCUCGCGAACCCGCGCUCGGCCGAGGUCAUCCACCGCACCGCGCUGCGGCGCAUCGCGGAGGCAUAUGCGGAAGUGUGCGAGCGCGUGCUGGACAAGAAGGAGGGGUACGAGUUCGCCGAGACGCUCCUCCGCCGCGGACGCGACGAGGUCGAGGUCGCGCUGGGCGUGCAGUAG